CGAAGUGGCGUGCUCUGGUAUGUAGUAAAUGGUGGGGCACUGUCGGGGCCAUGUAGGAAUGAGUAUAAGGUUGGGGCUUUAAAAUCGUAGAUGCGGCGUCAUCCGACAAGGCUGACGCUAAAUUUACUUCCGAGCCUUGCAUCCACCCAACUUCAUCUCAACCAGAAAGAGAACAAACAACCCUCGAAAUGACUAGUGUUCAAGCCCCAAAUUUAGACAGCAGCAUGAACCAUGACACAGAACGAGAAGAUAUCUCGAUGACGGGCGUGGAAGACGCGGAAAGUAGGACCGAGCUACCAAUUGCGCCGAAGAAGGGCUGCGAUAUCACAACCAAAACUAUCAAGAACCCAUCAUUUUCAUACGCCUAUUUGGAAUACAUUUCUGAUGGCCAACCAACGACUGAUCUUGACAUACUCACUGUUCGAUCACAUCUCACAUCCGGCUUAAAUCAAUUUCUUGGGCUUACUGGCGCUGCCAUAUCAGUUGAUAUUCUCAAGGUGGACCAAAAAGGCUGCUGGAUUCGUGUGCCAAGAGAAGACUUAAGAGCCGUCAUCGCCGCGAUGGGGCAAUGGGUUGGAACGGGUGAAGGCAGUUCAAAGGUGGCGUGGAAGUUGAAGGCCAGCGGCAACUGGUUAGGGUCUCUGGUUGCCUCUCAAGGAAUUCAAAAUACAUGGGCAACAUGAACUACCAGCGCGAACGACAAACGAUACCCAAGCAAUUCAUGCAAGGCUACUAUACAUUCUGGCUAUAUAAAGUCUAGUGUAUAAGAUAUGUGCAUUUCCAACUUCCGGCAAUGCGAAUGAUCCGAAAACGCCCCAGGCUACCAUUAUAUCUUCCCAAAAUAUUUGAAGUUUAUGCAUGAUUUCAUGAGGGAACAGUGGACUUCGAUAAUCCCAAAUCAGAUCAGAUCGACGACAUUAACGAGCUGUGAGCAUAAGCCAUUGGCUUGAUGUCUGGGUGAGGGACGGCAUCGAAUUUGUGGAAAUCCAGCUUAUAGUCUGGCCCAAUGUUGAUGUAUGCACCCUUGUUCUCUGUGCUAUCACAGUACCUCGGGGCGGAGAAAACUAGAAUUCACAAUUAAUAUAAUUCAAUAAACAUGGGA